GAUUAAUGACACUGGCCUUUGCCCUACUGUCCUGGCUGAGAAAUCCUGGAUCCAUCUGAACCAAGAUGGAUAAACUGCCAAAGAUGAUUUAGAAGAGGGUCCAGAAACCAGCCAGGGACGCAUCUCUAAAAGACGUUGAGCAAAAACAUUCAGCCACUCAACUGAAAAACAGGACCAGUGAUGGAUAACAGGAUCGCCGGUGUGGCGCUAAAGACCGCUGACCCCUUGGCUGUUCUUCGGAAGCAGAAGGCCACGCUCAUUGCAGUCCUGAUCACUGACCCGAGCCACGUCCUGCAGCACGCCCACUCGAAAGAGCUCAUCCCUGAUCGGACGUACUUCAAAAUCAAGGAAAAGGAAGACCCCUCUGAGAAGAUUGUGGACCUCGUGGACUACAUUAUCAGCAGCAGCAGUGACAAGGCUCAGGAGUUCUUGGAUUUGCUCAGUAGUCUCCGCAGGGAUUAUCCCAAUUUACCUGUGGAACUCGAAAGCUCUCCCUCCCCCAUCCCUGACUCACCGGGUGGCAAUGCGAGGGUUCAGACGGGGAGCCCCAAAAAGGACUCUGAAGAAAGCAGCCAAUCAGCCGGCUCAGGGGACGCCGUUCCCCAAAAUCAAACACGCAAAGCCACACCCACAGGAGAAGGUCUACAGGAAUUGCUGUUGCAAUUAGGACUGGAAAGAAACCUCACUUUAAGCGCAGUCCUUGAGAUUGGCACAGAGAGUGUAACAGAAGAACCGAUCCGGUCUCUAACAGAUCUGCCUCGGGGUUUUCUGAAAACCCUGAUGAUGAUGAGUGUGAAAGCAAGAAGUACCAGACGUCGAGCUCCUAAACUAGACGUGAAAUCAUCAUCAUCUUCUUUUAAUAUUGAUGAUAUUAUAGGUGGCAAUCGUGGUGACCUAAUCAAUCCGCUGGAUCUCAUCACAGCGCUCUUUCUGUGCGCCAACAGCUUCCUGCAGCAGGAACUGAUGUCAAAAAUGUCGCUGUGCCAGUUUGCUGUACCUCUCUUGCUCCCUGACUGUAGCACCAAUCAGUGUACAUUAAUGCUGUGGGCCAUGCGAGACAUUGUGAAGAAGUGGAGGCCCCACUCACUAGCAGAGACGGGAGGGUUUGUGGAAGAGAAUAUAGUCCGCACUGCCAUGCCAAUGAUCUCUUUUGUCAGGCUGGGCGACUGCAGUCUGUCCAAAUCACAGAUUCUGAAUCAGGUUCUCAGUAACCCCCAGCAGCACCAUGAUUUCUUCAUCCAUCGUGAUAUGGAGUGUGGGGAUGUUGCUCGGAGAAUUUCAGAUGGUAUAGUUGAGAUCAGCUGGUACCUUCCUUGUGGAAAAAAUAGUUUAGACAUCUUUCCUGAAGCAGUAUCCAUUGCUAACCUUCGUGGAGACGUUAGUUCCUUUCCAACGCAGUUAUGUUUUCUAAAACAAUCAUCAUGCGCGGUCUUUGUAUUCUUCAGUAACCUUGGAGAAGAGGAGUACAAGUUACUGGCCUCCUUUGCAACUGUGAAAGACAGACUGUUUUUGGUUUUUAACUCUCAGGGUAAACCACAGCAGGAAACCCUGAAACACAUGGACAAAUUGAAAUCAGAGUUACAGUUAGAAAAAAGACAGUUCUUGGUUAAGAACAGACAGAUCGAUGACGGUCAGUUAACGAAGAACCUGCGCUCCGCAAUGAAAAUAAUCGCACAGCAGAGGCCACACAAAAUUACAAUAGAAGGCAUGUCUGGCAUGGCAGAGGAAUUGAAGAUUGCUGUAGAUGAAGAGAGCCCCGAAUGUCAGGUUGGAAAGAAACUCGCAGAAGAGAUCACUGCCAAAAUAGACAACGUUCUGCAAUUUAAGAAGAAACAGCUACCAUUGCAAGGUGAAGACUGGAAGAAACUGUCCGAGUUAGAGAAAGAGCAGUGCAGGCUGCGAAAGGCAGGAGACCAGCCUAUUGAAGAGUAUCAGCGCCAGCUCCAAAGAGAAAAAGAGGAACUGCAAGAAAAACAAAACAAGCAUGGUAUAACUGAAGCAAUGAGCUGUUUCAUAUCUGCCAUAUCGCGCCCAAACAAACUAGAGAGGUCCUUUUUUCUCAAGUGGAUGAGGCUGAAAUUGGAUGAUAUAGCACGAGAAAACCUUUCUGAUCUCCGUGAUCAAUACAAAGAACAAUGUGGUGCGGGUCAGGUAACUGGAGACAAAAAGAAAAAUACUAAGUUGGAUCAGCUGAUAUCAAACAGCUCUUUAGGAGUUGAGAAUUUCAUGCGUGAAAUCGGACAGAUUUAUGAAGCAGCGUGCUCCCUUCCCGACGACCCUGAAUCUCAUCAGCAAUUUAAAACGCUUCCCAGCAUUGUGGCUGAUCUGCUGUUGGACGGCUUCCCUCUUGAGCUGGUGGAUGGAGAUGCAUCAAAUAUCCCUGUAAGGUGGGUGACUGAUGUUCUAAAUGAGUUCCACAGGAAAGUCCAACACAAGAGCAGGGUGCUGGUUGUAACAGUGUUGGGAGUCCAAAGCACUGGGAAGACUACCCUCCUCAACACAAUGUUCGGGGUUCAGUUUGCAGUUAGCAGUGGCAGAUGCAUGAGAGGAGCCUUCAUGCUGUUAAUCCAAGUCAAAGAGAAUCUCAAAGAAGAGCUGAACUGUGAUUUCAUUCUGUUAAUUGACGCAGGUCUAAAAUUCCUAGAAAACAGUUACGAACAUAAUAACGAGCUUGCAACUCUGGUGACUGGGCUGAGUGAUAUUGUUAUAAUGGAAAACUCCACAGAGAUAGAAGAUAUUCUGCAAAUAAUGGUACACGCCUUUCUUAGAAUGGAGAAAAUGGAGAAGAAACCAACACUGCACUUUGUGCACCAGGAUGCAAGGGCUGUGUUACCCCGUGACAGAAACACCAGCGAGAGGAAAAAGACUCUGCUGCAGAUGAACGAAACGACACAAGCAGCUGCCAUGAUGGAAAACAUCAAUCUCAACAUAAAAUUCAGUGAUGUUAUGGAGUACAACGCAGAUAGUAAUAACUGGUACAUCCCUGGACUGUGGAACGGUAGCCCACCAAUGGCACCAGUGAACACCGGCUACAGUGAAACUGUGUACAGGUUCAAGAAGACCUUGAUCCAAGUCCUGACAUCCAAAGAACAGAAACCUCCUGCACCAAUCCCAGAGUUCCUUGAGUGGCUGGGGAGUUUGUGGAAAGCCGUUAAAUACGAGAACUUCAGCUUUAGAUUCAGAAAUAUUCGAGUGGCUGAGGCUUACAGUAAUCUGUGUGUUGAAUACGAUAAAUGGGAGUGGGACUUCCAAAAGCACAUGUACAACUGGCUGGGGAACGAUGAGACAAGGAUUACUCAAAUCAUCAGGCAUUCGCAAAACCUCGACGCCUGUUUCAGCAAUAUUAAAGCCAACGCUUCGAAAGAACUGAGAUCUCAAGAAGAGAAAAUGCUGGAGAAGUUGACCGAAUAUUACGUUAAAGGCGGCAGGCAUGUUAAGCUGGUAGAAAGCUACAGAGCAGCCUUUGAGAACAGGAUUAAAACUCUCGGGACUAAAAUCGAAAACUCUUUGACCAACCAGUGCAUGACAGAGGUACAUUUUCAAAAAGCAAUUAAGCAGGUGCAUGACAUCAAUGGAAAAUAUAAAGCAGCAUUAGAAGAAAGAGUAUCGCAACUUCUCCAGGACUGCCGGGAAAUAAAUGAAGAUUUAUCCGAUGAGCAGCUGACGAACAAAUUUGAAAAGAUGUGGGAAGGCGCAGUGUCCGCACUGAAGUUUCGAGGUGUAGAGAAGAGAGACGUUGUAUCAAACGUCUUUAACCAACUGAUGAAACAAUUAGAAAGACACAGAGGUGCAGCAAGGAUGGCGUUAAAUGAGGUCAGCGACUUGACCAAAUGCGGAGUAACGCAAUUUAACUCAACUGAGAAACACUUUGAACCCGCUUGGAUAAAUAAACAAAAACGCUUCUUUAAUAUGUUCGUCAUGUCCUCCAAACAGGAAGCAAACCAGAUGGCACAAUCCCUGCUAGAACAGUUCAAACAGUUCAUUUCGGUCCAAAACGGCAAGAAACCUAUUGACUACCACGACACCUACGCCACAAAGCUCCUGGAAAUGAUAGACUUGAAGCUGAAGGCAAGUCAGAUGCUAAAGACCAACGCCCAGUUUGAAGUUGAUCUGAAGCUACACAUCUGUGGGUUUGCUGCCAGGGAGUUCCAACAGAUGCACGAAGAUUACAUGGAAAAUAAAGACCCCUGGAUGCAACUGGAAAAGUUCAGACCGCAGUACUGUUCUGACUUCAUAGAUCUUUAUCAUGAGAAAGAUCUGAGCCUAAAUAAGGCUGAAGAAUUCACUGAGCGCUGCCUCAAGCCUGGAGUAAGGAAGUAUGUCAGAAAAUCCCUUGGGAUGUUUAUAGCAGGCGAAACUGUCAAUUCCGUACGCUCUGUGAAAUACAGCAACCGGUCAUUUUUCCAGCAUGACAUUUUGAAACAGUUGCUGGUUGAAAACAACUGUAAAAACUAUGUGGCUUAUAUCAGAAACUACAAAGAUUUUGUCAAGAGUAAGAUGUUUGAUUUUGUCCUAUUGCGUUUUUCAAAAAACGUCGUCUCCGAUUUCGAAGCGAAGAACCUUGAGACAAUAACGGACAAAAUACAGGCAGCGGUUGAAAAAGAAAAGCAAGAGGAGAAUAAAACCACGACGACGUUCAUUCAAAACGUCUGCGUGGGCCUGAGCCAGGAUUUUGUGAUCUCCAUAGACGACCUCGGACUGAAACUUUUCCUGGACAAAGCAGACACUAAUAAAUUCGGCGAAUAUCUUCAGAAGUUUGUAAAUGACAUGAAGGCCUCUCUGUGCGUCGAAUUUUCUAAAGAGAGCGAUCUCAAGGAGAAACUCAACAGCCUGCCUUUCAGUUUGCAGGAUGAGCUGUUUGGUAUCAUGUUUGGUUGUGGAAAGCAGUGUCCGUUCUGUGGGGUCCCCUGCGAGGCUGGAUUAAAAUACCACAGAGAGCACCACGCAUUGGUGCACCGACCACUGGCACUGAGUGGGAAUAAAAUGGAUCCUGACAAACCAACAUGCACGUCGCUUGUAAAAAGUGAGAGAACGUUUCAGAACAGCGACACGGAUUGGAAGACUCAUCCCUACAAAGACUAUCGGAGAUUCUACCCCGACUGGAACAUUGCCUCCGAACCCAGCAUCGAACCCUCCGACUACUGGAAGUACGUGCUCGUCACAUUUAAUAAAGAGUUUGCAAACGAGUACGGAGAAAACCCUGCUGACAUCCCUGCAGAAUGGAAAGACGUGACCCAAGAGCAAGCGAUGAAGAGCCUAAAUGAGGUGUUUAACUCAAAAUACAUCACCUAGCAGAACACAGAAACAGAAUUGUAUAGUAAAAAAAAAAAAAAAUUCUUCUGAUUUUUAUUCUGAAAUUUAAACAGUAGCUUCAAUAAUUAUACUGAAGCAGAGCGUGUUUUAUUGUAACUGAAUCAAAGGACAUACCGUAUUCCUUCGAAUUUAAGACGCAGCUCAAACCCUCAAUUUGAGGAAAAAAUAAAACAUUCAAAUAAAUCAAUGCAUUUACAAGGACACAACCUCAAUUAUGCGUAUGGAGGCAGUUUGAGGCCGUCUGUUAUCACACAGAGCAUCACAGUUAUGUGCUGCUUCUCCUUUCCAGUGAUGGUUACUCACAUCUGUUUUUCUCCCAGUUUGUGAACUGUGGUGUUGCUUGGCAUGUCGAAAAAUACAGGGGUCUGAUCAGCAUCAUUAUUAUUUAUUUCUUAGCAGACACCCUUAUCCAGGGCGACUUACAGUCGUAAACAAAUACAUUUAAAGAAUCACAGUACAAGUAAUAAUACAAUUAAGAGCAAGAUAAAUACAAUGACUUUGGUUCUAGCAAGUACAAGUAUGACAAAAUACGAUUCAAUAAGGGAGCAGAUAAGUGUCAGUGAUAGUUGCAUCAGGAUCUCAUAUCUGUCCACGCUGGUACUGUUAGAAACGUUGAAAUUGUAAAAGCUUCUCUUUGAAUUCCUCAGGAAGCUAAAGACGCUGCUUGUAUGUCACUGUGAGAGGGGGUGUGGGUGAUUCACUGAUUUACAGGGGAGUCAGAAAUGUCUUUGAGACGCCACACAGUGACCCAGGAGCAAGCAGUGAAGAGCCUAAAAGAGGAUUUAUUAUCAGCACGGUGUGUAAUUAUGACACUCUAAGAGUUGCUACCAGCAAUGGUAUCGCCCUGAGAUACUGGACGUGUAGAAAUAAUACCGGUAGUUCAUAAUCAAAAGGAGAAAUAAAAAAGGCAAACAAACACUAAAUAAAACUACAAAGAAAAGUGGUGCUUUAAGCAGGGUCUCGCCACCUCCGCUAGCCUGCGAGGAGCGAUGUGCAAGGACACUGUUUUGUUCCCUCAGUACACUUUUACGAGGUUCCCCAGAUCCCCCUGAGCUCAGGGACUGGACUGUAGCAGUAUGGGAAAUCAAACAAACUCAACUCGAGUGGCUGUCUUGCUCAGCCGCCUCCUCUGCUGCCUUUAGGUAGGCUGUGCUGCCACCUGCUGCUUUAUCAGGCACUGGCAGUCUCUUUCCUUAUUUUAUCCAGCCCAUAGACUUCCACUCUCUGUAUCAGGCAGCAGUGUGGUGUAGUGGUUAGGGCUCUGGACUCUUGACCGGAGGGUUGUAGAUUCAAUCCCAGGUGGGGGGACACUGCUGCUGUACCCAUUGAGCAAGGUACUUUACCUAGAUUGCUCCAGUAAAAACCCAACUGUAUAAAUGGGGAAUUGUAUGUAAAAAUAAUGUGAUAUAUUGUAACAACUGUAAGUCGCCCUGGAUAAGGGUGUCUGCUAAGAAAUAAAUAAUAAAUAAGUUAAACUGGCCAGAGUUUCUGCUGGAUGGUAGCCUGCUAUGGGCCACCCAAGGUUGCUCGUCCCCCCUCUGCUGUUGCUGCAGAGUCACUUCCAAUAGGACCUCGUUUGUUUUACGUCUCAGCCGAAGGACAAAUCACACACACACACGGAGUCAGUGGCUGAGCCAGGACUUGAACCUUCUUGUAUCAAGACCUUGUUUCUUUAACAACUAGACCAGCAAGCCUGUGUACAACUCCACCGGUAACAUCCACAACUGUAUAAUCUUUUUAAUUGCAUUAGUAAGUGUGUUUACCUUCAGUGUAAAUGUUUUUAAUUGUUGUCAUUAAG